UUCAAACCGUGCCCGGCCGCUCUCUGCUCGGCAGCAAAUGGCGGCUCCCGGCCUUGUCGCAGCUCCUGCUGGAGCGGCUUCUCCCGCCUCUCUCCGCGUAUCUGAGGCGCCGCUGGACCUCGGCCGCCGUAGCAGGAGAAGGCUGCGGUACAGCGGCCCGGCGGCGGCCUGCUCCUCGGUGUCUGUUGUGUUCCCGGGCCUUGUGAGCCGGGAGAGCUGCUGCCGCUUCGCCUGCGAGCUCCUCAAGCACGUCCUGCACCAGCGGCACCAGCUCCCGCUGCCCUACGAGCAGCUCGCCUACUUCAGCCGGCGGGGAGUACAGAACGGAGAUGUGAUUAAGAAGCCACCCUCUGUGGACCAGGCAAGCAAGAAGUGUCAGCAGAUGGUGAUGGAGUUGGAAGGAAUGCUCCAGCACAUAGAAGUUAUGUUUAGCUUGACACUGGUUCCUCGGGUUCUCAUUCUGCUUGGAGGUACCAUCAUGAGCCCCAAAGAGCUCUAUGAGCUCAACUUGGAGGGUAUCUGGGAGGGCAGCGCUGAGGAGAGCCUGAAAACUGCGUCCUGUGUUCGCAAGCUCUUCCACUCGCUCUUCGUUGCUGACGUCUUCAGUGAGCUUCAGGCGCUCCCUGCCACAGGCACCAUCGUUAUGCUCCAGGGACACCGCGAUUGUGGUGUUGACUGGUUCCGGCCCAAGCUCAACUACAGAAUGCCCACCCGAGGGAGAAAAAUAGUUGUUAGCUUGUCCUGUGAUGGAGACAUCGACGUAAACGCUGAGCCUCUUCAGUGUGUGACUUCUGCCUGGGAGGACUACGUCUGGUUUCAAGCGCCAGUGACACUCAAAGGCUUUCAUGAAUGACCCGUGUUUUCCAGAACUUUAAGGGACUAUUAAAUAACCUUUUGUGCUUUUCUAAGUGGCAAUAACUUGAUCAAGUGUAACUGCAUAUUCUUGUCUCUCUGGAUCUCUUCUCCAGGGUAUCAGCUGCCUUCCUGUAGCUCGAUUGCAUCCAUCUGUCUUCAUCUCCUGAGUUUUUGGAAGCAAAUACUCUUUAAGGCACAGUUGCACACAGAUACAGUGAUUCUUUAGGGAUCCGAGAUGAAUUCAUGUCGUGGGAGUAAAACUUUCCUUGCCGUGUACUUACUGAACUGGCAAAUACUGGAUCCAGUCCUAUCUCUCCUGAGUUUUAAUGCGUCUAUUUCUCUGGUAAUAACUACAGUAGAUGAUUGCUUGGGACUGUAAUGUACUUUAUUAUAAAUACACUUUACCUUCACUGUAAAGGCCGUAACCAUUCUUACCUAAUCCCUUUCUGUAAAAGGACAUCUGUCCCUUCAGCCUGAUCAGGCUUGACUGCUUGAGUGUUUACCCACCUAUUUGAUAAAAUUAGUGUUCCUUGUAACUCAAUUUCAGUUACUUAAUAAAAGAGUGAGACUUCUCAGCAGUGGGAAGACCUUGUACCUAGCAUUGCCUUGUACAGGUGAUGGAAAGAGGUUGAGCAGCCCUGGAGAGGCAGGGAGACACAUCUUCCUCUUUUUACUAACCUUUAGUCGAACUGCCCUGAUAAUCAGGUAGACAGUUAAAAGUACAAGUUGGCAGUUUCUGCUCUAACCCUCUUUCAAAGGAAGUUAGGACUCCUGACACAAUAUGCUAGCUUAUUCUAACUAACUUGAAACAACCAAAGAAAGUUAGUUUUGUGCUUAGUUUCAGAAGUCUCAGUUUUGGACUCUAAAUGUUUCCGAAAUGUGAGGUGGGCUUAUCAAGUCAAGAACUCUUCAAGAUAACUCUUCGAAAUCUGAGUGUGUCACUUAUAAGCAGAACUUGAACCUUUUCUUCUGGCCUGGUGUCUAGUGCUGAAUGGGGCAGGGAUGGAGUGAGAGAAACCCUUAGAGCACAGUGUGUGAGAACUUGGUAUGUGCUGCGGUUACCUUGUCAGUUGAACGUGUAUCUAAUGUAGUGAGCUUGAUAGCUCCAAAUAGCUCUGUCUUAUUUGAAGAGAAACUCAAGCCUGCUGGUACUGAAGCUGGUUGCAGUUUCUUGCUAGCAAAAGCUGCACAAUGGGAUGGUAAAAAUCCUUCGAAAGCAAGGUGAAACUUGGAGUAACCCUCUACACUUGGUGCAUAUUUUAACUUUGACCUUUUGGAAGGGGAGAUUAUAGAACUAGGAGGGAAUAAAAUUGCUAUUUUUGAGCUCAAGAGAACACUAGGAGUGUAGUCUCUGCCUUACGAUCCAUUAACAACUGUUUACAAUGUGUACUAAACACUGAGGCUAGCUCUAGGGGAGAACUGCUAGAGUGAAGAAAGCUGCCUUGUGUGCAACUGCCCUCUUUAAGGAGUAAUCGGAGGUCUCUCGAAUGAAAUAUUGCUUGAACGUAAGAGUAUUUGUGCUCAGGAGAUCAAAACCUUUACACUUCCACCAAAGCUGCUUGUCAUUCAUAAUCAAAGAGUGUGAGCACUCUAUUGAAAGAAGCUCUUGGUUCGGAGGAAGCAGGUGCUUUCCUUUCUGCUCGCUUCCCCAUAUGAGUGCAAUGUUACCACAUUAAACUGUUUACGUAUUCUGUUAUACAUAUUCUGUUAUACUUGAACUGUGAGUGCAACAAUGGUAUGGUGCCAUGAAUGAAAGAAGACAAGAUGCUUUUUUUUUAAUGAGGAGUUUUGGAGUUUAACAACUUUAGUACUAUAAUCAUUAUCAAAAUAAAAUGCUGGCUUCUCUA